ACCAACGUCUACAAACAUCUCCUGUGGAUCAUGGACAAAGGAAGCCUUGAAUCUGGUCUAACAUGGGAGGUGAGGGCGAACAGCCGUCAAUACCACAAUCACAAACAGAAGAAAUCCGUCCUGUGCUUUCACUGGGGGAGAUACGCGGACAAUGUGAUCCGCAGCAACAAGUACUCCCCCCUGACUUUCCUGCCCCUGACACUGUUUGAACAGUUCCAACGAGUGGCAAAUCUCUACUUCCUCCUCAUGAUGGUGUUGCAGUGUGUCCCUGCCAUCUCAGCCAUACCUUGGUACAUCACCAUCAUCCCACUGCUCAUCGUGCUAUCUGUGAGAGGGGCUAAAGACCUUGCCAACGACAUGGCAAGGAGACGCAGUGACGCUGAGAUUAACUCCCGACCCUGUGACGUACUCAUCUCCAAGAGUUUCAGCAAAGGACAGUGGAGGGAUGUGCGUGUGGGAGAUGUGCUGCGGAUCCACAAAGACCAAAUCAUCCCUGCUGACCUUCUCAUCCUGUGUAGUUCAGAACCUCACAGUCUGUGUUAUGUGGAGACGGCAGAUAUCGACGGAGAGACUAACCUCAAGUUCCGGCAGGCGCUCGGUGCUACACACAAUGAGCUGACCUCUCACCCCUCAGAGGAGAUGCUCGCUGCCUUUGAUGGUGUUGCGCUUUGCGAGGAGCCCAACAAUCGCCUUUACACCUUCAGAGGCCAGCUGCACUGGCGAGGAGAAUGUUUUCUGCUGGAAAACGAGCACAUCCUCCUGAGGGGAACAGUCCUACGCAACACAGAGUUUGCCUACGGCUUGGCCAUAUACACUGGCGCGGACACCAAGAUCAUGAGGAACUGCGGGAAACUGAGAGUGAAGAGGACUCAAAUGGAGAGAGUUUUCAACAGAGUGGUGAUGGGGAUCGUCCUGUCCGUGCUGCUGACAGCUCUGCUCCUCGCCAUCGGCGCUGGCGUGUUUUCGAGUUGGGUCAUGAGCCACACAGGGCCUCUGUCUCCUCUGGUGGUUAACGGCAAUCCCGUCUACACCGGGUUCCUCAUCUUCUGGAGCUACAUCAUCCUGCUCAGCCCGGCCAUGCCCAUUGCUCUCUACAUCUCCUUUGAGGUGAUCCACACGGUCCACAGCCUGUUUAUCGGCUGGGACAGGGAGAUGUAUUGGCAGCCGGCAGACAGACCGGCCCAGGCCAGGAAUACCUCACUGAAUGAGGAGCUCGGCCAAGUGGGAUAUCUGCUGAGUGACAAAACUGGGACACUAACACAGAACCGUCUGCUCUUCAGGCAAUGCUGCAUAGCUGGGGAGAUCUAUGGUGAUGCAACCGUCCAGGCCGAGGACAUAGAGCCCAUGGACUUGAGCUGGAAUCCGUUCUCCUGCGGUGGGCUGUUCAUGUCGGCUCCCGACCUGUUGGAGAAGCUCAGAGGACAGCAGUGUCCACUCAGCAGACAAUUCUUCAAAGCGCUGUCUCUAUGUCACACUGUCAUGGCAGAGUGGAAAGAAGAGGCUCCGGUCUACCAGGCUGCGUCCCCAGAUGAGGAAGCUCUUGUUGGUGCAGCCAGGGAGCUCGGCUGGGUCUUUCUUUCCAGGACGAGAGACUUUAUCGACGUCUCCGAGCUGGGUGUCCCUCGCCAAUAUCAGCUGUUGGCACUGGUGGACUUUACCAGCAAGAGAAGACGCAUGUCCGUACUGGUUCGGGAGCCGGAGGGUGGGUUAAAGCUGUACUGUAAAGGGGCAGACAUUGUGAUCCUCGAGAGGCUGCAUAAGGACUGUCCAUACCAGGAAAGGAUGGAAAGAGCCCUGGAGUUGUUUGCCCAGGCCUGUCUGAGGACUUUGUGUGUUGCGGUUCGAUCUGUUCCCGAGGCAUUAUGGGAGCAGUGGAGUAAAACUCUGGCCCAGUCUGCUGCCAUGGCGACAGCUGAACGUGACGCACUGCUGGAAAAGCUAUAUGAUCAGAUGGAGAUGGAACUGCAGCUUAUAGGGGUGACAGCGAUAGAGGACAGGCUUCAAGAGGGCGUUCCUGAAACUAUUGCACUGCUUCAACAGGCUGGCCUUAAAGUAUGGGUACUCACAGGGGACAAAAAAGAGACUGCUGUGAAUAUUGGAUAUUCUUGCAAGCUACUGGAUCCUGAGACCAGAUUACUGGAAUGGCAGGAGCUGAGACAGAUACUCCAGUCCCCAGACCCAGGGGUCAGUUUCUUCAAGGCCAGACAGAUGGAGCUGUGGGCUGUAGACAAGCAGCCGGCCGGAGCAAAGACUGCCGUGGUCCUCACUGGUCCUGAGCUGGCAGAGUUUGACCAGAGACCAGAAUGGGGGGCCACGUUCAUGAGCCUGGCAGAACAGUGUCAGUCGGUGCUAUGCUGUCGUGUCACACCUGGACAGAAGGCCGACAUCGUCACAUUGGUCAGAAAACACACCCGCUCUGUCACCAUGUCCAUCGGGGACGGUGCCAAUGAUGUAAACAUGAUCAAGACUGCUCAUGUUGGUGUGGGACUAGCAGGAGUGGAGGGAGGUCAGGCAGUGCAGAACGCCGACUACGCGUUGUCCCAGUUCAGAUUUCUGCAGAGGCUUCUACUGGUCCAUGGGCACUGGUCAUACCGACGCAUUUCCUUCUUCUUGCUCUACUUCCUGUUUAAGACCUGCGGCUUUGCUCUUGUGCACAUAUGGUUCGGUUUCUUCAAUGGCUACAGUGGUCAGUCUCUGUAUGAGCCAUGGUUCAUCGCUCUCUACACCGUCUUCUACACAGCGUUCCCAAUUAUGUGUGUGGCCUUCUUUGAGCAGGACGUGAAUGCAGACAGCAGCCUGAAGUGGCCGGAGCUGUACAAGUCCGGACAGAGACAGGAGCUCUCCAGCCCUCUCAUGCUGUCCUUAUCGCUCCUGUAUGCGAUCUACACAUCACUCGUACUCUUCUUCAUCCCGUUAGGAGUCUUUUACGACACCGCCUAUGACCAGCAGGUCAUGGCAGUCACUGUCGCCUUGGCAGCCACGUUGACUGCCACCAUUGAGAUUGUGCUGAUGACCAGAUACUGGACGAAGUUCAAUCUAGCAGCUGUGUGUGUCUCUGUGGUGCUUUUCUUCAUCUGUUCCAAGAUCACCAACAGCACCAUCCUGUUUCAGAAAUCACCCAUAGACUACUACUUUAUCGGUGCGUCUGAUAAGGCCUUCAUCGAUCCACUUAUAUGGCUCACAGCUCUGCUCACUACUUGGAUGGCUGUUUUGCCCUCGGUGACCGCUCUGGCUCUCAAUGUCAUCCUCACCAUGCAUGACAAACACAAGGUCCACAGUGUGUCCCGUCAGCCGGUGGAGCUGAGGUCAAAGUUCACAAGGGGGGCGUCUCAUCGCCGGUCCUCUUACGCCCUCUCUCAGGGGUCCGGGCCCGGACGCCUCAUCACAUCGGCGUCCAGAAUCCCCAGCACCGUGCCAACGGUGGAUGAGAAGGUAACAGAAGAGGGAGAGCACAGUGUGACUGGGGGUGUCUACAUCAGUCCCAUUGGCGACAUUCGAUCCCACGGGUGA